AUGACUACAGAUCUCGCAAAGCUCAUCUUCCAGGAGAGUCUUCUCCCAAGUACAACAUGGACAUACAAGUUCUUAUCUCAGACACAGAAAUCAGUUAAAAAGCUUAGAGAGAAGGAUUAUGCAAAAUUAAUUAGUAGUUUAUUCGAAUUCUUCCUGCAAAAUUCCACUACCUCAUUGCAAAAGUUCAAAAUAUCCCAACUUAUCUCUUCGAUAGUUAUUCAAAACCUUGAACGAUCAGCUUCAAUAAUUCCAGAAUACAAAGAUUCCGUAAUGAAACAUAUUGAAACAUUCCAAGAUUCUUCCAUAUCCAGUCAACAAAGAAAAUUAUGGAAGGUGUCUUCAAUCCAAAGCCAAAUUCUGUUCAGACUCGAAACCAUUCAAGCUCUGGCGGCCCAAUAA